AUGGCGUCGGCAUCUUCAACAACGACCACGAGCGCGAAUACAGCCACCAAGAAAGCUACUACCGCAUCAGGAUCCACUGCACCAGCUGCAAAUUCCGAAGCAACGACCAGCGCAGUGGCUGCGACGACAGGCGUGGAUCUGAGUGACCCUAAAACGUCGUAUGAAAAUGCAAAGAAGGACCUGAUACAGGCAAUUCAACGCAGAAAGCAAUUGGACAAGCAGUUGGUCCAAGUAGAGACGCAGAUAUUCAAUGCAGAAGGCCAAUAUAUCGCCGAGACGGCGGGCACGGGCGGGAAUAUUAUUCAUGGCUUUGAGAACUAUUUGAAGAGCGCGUCAACGAACCGGAAACGCGUCGAUGUAGCGGAGAUUGACAGGGUAUUCUCGCAAAGUAGUAUUACGUACCGCAAAAGCUUGGACAUGGCGGAAGAUUCGUCUUCGCUGGAAGAUGGGAUAGCAGCUACACAUGUCACAAAUGCUGCAGGGAUCACAACCGUUACGCUCACGCCGGCAACUCGAACCCAGGAAGCCCAGACAAAAAGGGACCGAGAUCGUGCGUAUCAAAGAAAAAAGAGAGCCAGCAUGCGGCAAAGCACCAUCAGUGACGAAGAGAUGCCAAAGAAGAGACGAAAGUUUGUCGAGGACUAG